AUGGUGCCGUGGGCAGUGUCCCGCCGCAGAGAGAUGCGCCGGAUGCUGCUCCUGCCACUCCGAAACAGCUCGCAGACAGUCGUGGCAUGGUUUCGGCCCUCGGGGCGGACCCUGGAUGGCAGAAGGAGCGGUGACUCCCAAUAUUGGGCUGUCGCAGAGUUUCCAGCUGGCUCCCUCCAGCACAGGCCGGCAACGGCUCAGUUUACUGCCCCGCCAUGCUCAGCAACGUGCCCUGGGGAGGAUUGUUUCAUACAAAACAGACCUUUGGAUAGGCUUUUCAUUUCCUUCUCAGCCAAGCACAAAGGAACAGCAAGUCCUCGCUCCAAUAAAAUGACAACAGUCAGCGAUGCAGAUGGGCUGGCUCUCCGCGCUGAGAAAGUGACUUCUCUGGGGAAGGACUGGCACCGGCCCUGCUUGAGAUGCGAGAAGUGUAACAAGACCCUGACGUCUGGAGGCCAUGCAGAGCACGAUGGCAAGCCCUACUGCAACCACCCCUGCUAUGCCGCCUUGUUCGGGCCCAAAGGGUUCGGCCGGGGAGGAGCCGAGAGCCACACGUUCAAGUAAACCUCAGGUCCGACGGCCAAGGUUCCCAGCACAGCCCGAAGACAGCACAAACGCACCGCGACAGACAUGCAGUUUUGUUUUUAAUUCACUUCUGUACUAGAUUAGCACGUUAAAAGCAAUAAGUAACCAAGGCUGGGGCUGGUGCGGAGAGGGGCUCCGCUCCAGAUGGAGGACUGCCGAGGUGGGGGCGUUGGGACGCUCUGCCGGAUAGGAAAUUUGGCCGGUAUCGCUGAAGGCCGCCUGGAGAGGAGACCACACCCUUCCAGCCAAAACCCAGCCCUGCUUUUGGCACCCAGCUCUCGUGGCUGGGUCCGCAGUUGUAUUCUCAGUCUUUAAUAAACCCAGACCAAAAGAUGCUU